GGCCACUUCUCCUGUAUGGUGGAUAUCCUGCUCAACACUUCUUUCUUGGAUGAUAUGGGGGAUCAUUCAAAAAAGAAGUCGGGAAUCGCAAUGUGUGUGGGCUGUGGAAGUCAGAUACACGACCAGUACAUCCUGAGAGUCUCCCCGGACCUGGAGUGGCACGCAGCCUGCCUCAAGUGCGCGGAGUGCAGCCAGUACCUGGACGAGACGUGCACUUGCUUCGUGCGAGACGGAAAGACUUACUGUAAACGAGACUAUGCAAGGUUAUUUGGCAUCAAAUGUGCAAAGUGUAACAUGGGCUUCUGCAGCAGCGACCUGGUGAUGAGAGCCCGGGACAGCGUCUACCACAUGGAGUGUUUUCGGUGCUCGGUGUGCAGUCGACACCUCCUGCCCGGGGACGAGUUCUGCCUGCGGGACGAGGAGCUGCUGUGUCGGGCGGACCACGGGCUGCUGGCGGAGCGGAGCUCUGCUGGGAGCCCGCUCAGCCCGGGGAGCAUCCACAGCAGACCGCUGCACAUCUCAGAACCGGUUUCGGUCCGCCACCCUCCACAUCACCGGGGCCACGUCCACAAGCAGUCCGAGAAGACCACCCGGAUCCGGACGGUGCUGAACGAGAAGCAGCUCCACACCCUGCGGACGUGCUACAACGCCAACCCGAGGCCGGACGCUCUGAUGAAGGAGCAGCUGGUGGAGAUGACCAGCCUCAGCCCCCGGGUGAUCCGCGUCUGGUUCCAGAACAAGCGCUGCAAAGACAAGAAGAGGACCAUCCUCAUGAAGCAGCUGCAGCUGCAGGAGCACAGCGACAAAACCAAUCUGCAGGGCCUGACGGGAACCCCUCUGGUGGCCGGCAGCCCCAUCCGGCAUGACAACACGGUGCAGGGGAACCCGGUGGAGGUGCAGACCUACCAGCCUCCCUGGAAAACCCUCAGCGACUUCGCCCUGCAGAGCGACCUGGACCAGCCCGCCUUCCAACAACUGGUGUCCUUCUCUGAGUCCGGUUCUCUGGGCAACUCCUCGGGCAGCGACGUGACCUCCCUGUCGUCGCAGUUACCGGACACCCCGAACAGCAUGGUGCCGAGUCCCGUGGACACGUGAGGGGGCCAGGAGGUCACCGCGAGCCCCCUCACCCACCAACACCCCGCACCUCCUCUGAGCGGCUGCAGGGGGAGGAGGAGGAGGAGGAGGAGGAGCAGGAGGCGCGCAGUGACAUUCAAUCAAGAAGAAAACCCCAAUAAGGGACCAGGAUGGUUGGAUUAUAAUCGAGGAUGUAUCCAGGUCUGACUAUUCCUUUUAACCCCGGCUUUGCUCAAGGACACUUGGGCAGCUGCUGAUGGACACAGCGUUGGCCUCUCUCGCCUGAUGCAUGAGCCUGAGCUGGACACAACGUGCUGGGGAAUAUGUUGGAACCAUCCUGUAACUGGACGUCUGGGCGUUUAACACAUGUAGAUGAUGCAUGAUUUGUAAGUUUCAAUAUCGACUCUUGUACAUUACGUUUUUCUGCAGGAAGAAAAUUAAGUUAUUAUUAAUAUUAUUUAUUACGAGGACAGACAUAGUGGAUCUUAUCAAU